GCGCGCAGGCGCAGAGCGGGCCGGCGGGCAAUCCUCGGGGGGAUCCUGGGGGGAUUCUCGGGGUGGCAUGGCGCUGAGCCCGGUGAUCGGGAAGCUGGUGCGGAAGCGGGUGGUGCUGGCCAGCGCCUCCCCCCGCCGCAGGGAGAUCCUCAGCAACGCGGGCCUGCGGUUUGAGGUGGUCCCGUCCAAGUUUAAAGAGACGCUUGACAAAUCUCUGUUCGAGGCGCCUUACGAGUACGCGCUGGAGACGGCCAAGCAGAAGGCCCUCGAAGUGGCUCACAGACUGCAUCGGAAAGACUUUAGGAGUCCGGAUGUGGUUAUAGGAGCAGACACGAUCGUGGCAGUGGAAGGACUGAUUUUGGAGAAACCAGUUGAUAAGCAAGAUGCCUACAACAUGCUUUCAAGGCUGAAUGGGAGAGAGCACAGUGUGUUUACAGGGGUUGCUAUAGUUCACUGUAGCAGCAAAGAUAAUGAACUCACAACCGAAGUGUCCCAGUUCCACGAAGAGACGACCGUGAAGUUCUCAGAGCUGUCCGAGGAGCUGCUGUGGGACUACAUCCACAGCGGAGAGCCCAUGGACAAGGCCGGCGGGUACGGGAUCCAGGCUCUCGGGGGCAUGCUGGUGGAGUCCGUGCAUGGAGAUUUCCUCAAUGUGGUGGGCUUCCCUCUCAACCGCUUCUGCAAGCAGCUGGCGGCCCUGUACCCGGCCCCAAGACUCCCCGCCCCGCCUGGAGGGACCCCUGAGACCCUGGGGCGGGAAGACGGUCCCAGCCUCCCGCCCCUCGCGUCCUCGGACGGUCAACCCGCCCAGCCUCCGGCCUCGGCCCACUGCCAGCGGACCCCGGGAGAGGAAGGGCAGGCCGGAUUUCCCGCCUUCCUCCUGGACCUCAUCGACGGCUUCCGGGCCUCUAAGGCCCUGUUCGUAGCCUCCAAGCUGAAGCUGUUCGAUCUGCUGAGCGGCGGGAGUGUACUGGAUGCCUCACAGGUGGCCCGGGAGAUCAAAGCAUCCGCUCAAGGGACCGACGGGCUCCUCCAGGCCUGCACCGCCUUGGGGCUUCUCCACAAAACCCAGCGAGGCUACAGCAACACGGAACUGGCCAACGCGUACCUGGUGUCCGACAGUGACCGCUCGCUUCAUGGCUACGUCGUCCACUCGAAUGACUAUUUCUGGCCAGUCUUUACGCACUUGGAAUCGACGGUCAAAGGCGGGCCCAGUGAGACACGGGAUCCGCUUCAGGACGACAGCACGGAGGCCAGAGGCUGCUUGAUGAGCGCCAUGCACUGGACGGCCCGGCUGGGUGCGGGGGACGUGGCCACCGCCUUCGAUCUGUCCCGCUUCCGCUCUGCCUGUGACCUAGGAGGUUGCACUGGGGCUCUGGCAUGUGCACUUCAGCAGAAUUAUCCCAGCCUGAAAGUGACGGUGUUUGACCUCCCAGAGAUCAUCGAAAACGUUUCCGCCUUUUAUCCGGGUGGUCACCAGCCCCCGGGAAUCACAUUCGUGUCGGGUGAUUUCUUCCAAGACGCUCUCCCCGAAGCCGACCUUUACAUCCUCUCGAGAAUCCUGCAGGACCUGUCCGAGGACCAAAUCCAGGCAUUAUUAAGCCGAAUAUCGGCUGUGUGUAAGCCAGGCGGCGGUCUCCUGGUGGUGGAAACGUUGGCGGGCGAGGAGAGAAGCCGUCGCCGGCCGGCCCGCGCCGCCCUCCACCGCCUCAGCGGGGGCCCGGGCCCCGGCCCGCUGCGGAGCCGCACCCACUACGCCCGCCUGCUGGCCCCCCACGGCUUCACCCAACUGCAAGUCGAGGGCACCGGGAACUUCCUGGAUGCCAUCUUGGCUUUGAAGACACCCUGCCAGCACUGAGGGGGACUGUUUGAGGGGAGGGGGCGGGAGGAGAGGGAUGGUCACUGCCUGUUGGACUGAAAGGAAAACUGCUCAGUUGGUGGUGGAUUCAUCUGGCUGAGGAAAAAGGCCCUAGCCGGGGUGGGUCGGGUGGGGUGUGUCCCCACUCAGGGAACGUUUUGGUUCUGUGGUUGUACUGGACUCCCCAAGCACUUAGUACGGUGCUCUGAGCACGGUAAGCGCCCGGUAAAUACCACUGAUUGAUUAAUCGAUUAUG